AUGGGCAGAACAUCUGACACAGAGGUUAAUGAUGCCAGAUCUGAUGUGCCUGGGGAUACCUUCAUCAGCCUGCGAGAUGGCACCGCAAACGAUGUGCAGGAUAUGCAGCGGAUGGGCAAGCAGCAGCAACUCCAAGUGAGUGAACAGUCCAAUGGGUUGAAGCGCAGCAUGUCGUACCCAGCAUGGAAUGCCCUUACUCAGAUUGUCUUCUAA